AUGGGCAACUCCGGCAGCAUGAACGGCCUAUCGGGGUACGACGAGGGAUACCACUACCACCACCAGCACCAGCACCACCAGUACCACCAGCAGCAGCACCAGCAACAGCGCUACCACGAUGGAGCAGGGACGUGCUCCUGGAUGGAUUCGUACAAGCGCGAUCCACCGCGCGGCCGAUCGGCCCGUGACGGCGGUUACCAGCCAGAUGAACUCCAGUCCGGCGAGGGCCACUGGAACACCCAGCUCAGCUCGCAGCACCAGCAACAGCAGCAGCAACAGCAACAACAGCAGUUCAAGGUCCUGCCAGACGUACCGGGCAAGGUGGCCCGGCUGCGCUCGACCAACAACGGCAACAUCCUGCACGCCGGUGGCACGAUCAGCAAGAGCAAACAGCAGCUGCAGCGCUCGAAGAGCAUCUCGUCGCCGACCUACCAACAGCACCAGCAGCGGGCCGACGAGCCGGGCGGGGCCCAGCUGGAUGUGUCCCUCAGCUCGCUGCCGCCAGUGCCAUCCCGGAUGCUGCUGCUGACGCGCUCCCGCACCCAGCUCAGCAUGCUGGACGAUGGCGAGCAAACGACGAUGCGCCACCUGGUGUCGCAGUCGCGCACCGCCGCCGCCGCCACCGCUACUGCCGCCGCCGCCAACAAACAGCAGGACUACAACCACUGGAAACGGUUCGGCUCCGAGCCGGAUCUGCGCGUGCCGAAGGGCCAGGGCAACCAGGGUGACCGGGGGUCAGCCGGUGGGGCGCCUGGUGCUGGUGAUACCCGCACCAACACGUCGGUGACCCAGUCGAAGAUUAUGAAGGGUAAAGGCAAGAAGAAGGCUCCGGUACCACCGGCACCGGUAGAAAAGCGCAAGUCGGGCAAGGAAGCGAUCGGUAGCCAGCGCAUCAUCGCGUACUCGCCGCUCCGCAAGACCAACUCCGACACCUCGUCGGCGCUACCACCGGCCAUCGUCGGCGAAGGUGGCGGUGCGGGGGCCACCAGCAGCAGCAGCAGGCUGCGUCUGUUCAAGACCCGGGCCGAGGCGAAGAAAACUCCCGCCGCGGCGAAGCUUCCGGAGGCAUCGGACGCCAAGUUUGCGACCAAAGCGGUGACUGGGGCGGCGGGAGGCCCAAAGGCGGCGGCGGCGGCGACGGUGGAAAGUGUGACGCUCGUGGAAGGACCGCCCCAUCCGCGGUCCUUCUUUCGGCGGGAGAAAACGUUCGACAUCGGCCUGCUGACGCUCGAGGCCCGCAAGCGGCAGAUUCAGCCGACCGGUGCCACCGCUGGGUGCGGUGCCACCGCAAGACCCACGUUGUCGCCACCCCUGACGCACCGUAAAUCGAUCGUGAAAACGCUGCUGGAGCAGGAUGGACACACGAGACACGCUGGCCACCGCUCUCCGGGAGUGGUGGAGUCCGGUAAGGGCAAGGUCGCAGGUGGCGGCGCAAGGUCGCACGGCACGAAAGGAGCAAAGCAGCAGGGGGAAAAAAGCCUAGCAGCAGCGGCCCAGUACUUAAAGGCGCCGAAGGCGACCAACACGCUGGUGAUCCCGGUCGAACCGCCGUUGGAGCGCGAGCGCGACGUGUCAACCUCGGUGACUCCGUCGCCACCACCACCACCAGCAGCACCACCGAAAGCUAGUAUGUACUUCGGAAUGGGAACGGUACCGAACGAAGCGGGACCGGAAGCGGGCCCCGGGUCGAAGCAGCAACCGAGACAGCGGCAAAAGAGUGACGCGCCCGUACUGUCCACGUCCAGUUACAGUUACGACGACGCUAGGACCCACGACGAGGGAGGGGAGAACGAGCCAGAGGGGGAAGAGGUGGAACCACGGGUGGUCGGGUCGAUGUACCAGCAGCACGAUCAGCACCACUCGAUCGAAUCGCUCGCCGACAGCGAUCCGGACGAUGAGAGCCGGCAGAAGAACCGGCACGACCCGACGGAAGCAGCGGAGCACGCCCGGCACGAGGAGGAGGAGGGUGCGGUGGUGGUGGCGUCCAUCGACGAGAUCGAUCGCACGCAGAUGGACAUCAUCGAUCGGUUUGCGGCGAGCCUUUUGCACGAGUCGAGGCGCUUCCACUCCACCGACUCGAUGGCCUCGUCCGAGGCCGACCUGCGUACGCUGAGCGUCCUAUCACCGCACGAUUGCGACCCGGAAGGGCAAGAGAUUGCGCUCUGCCUCCGCCCGACGCUACCCCGCAAACAGUUCGACAUUCCGCGCUUCAGUCCGGCCGCCGCCUGGCGGUUGCUGACGACCGACGACGAGUUUGGCCGCGACACGAACGGCGGCGGCGGUGCGGGGGGUGCCGGCGAGGGUGGCGUUGGUGAGGAUGCCGCUGAUUCGGACGAGGCUGGCCCGGUGGGAAAGGGGGCGGGAAGGGACCAUGGGCCGUUCCUGUGCGGGGGCGACCUGCACGCCCUGGACGCCGCCUCGGAGGACCGGAUCGAGCGGGUGUACCGGGAGCCGGUGCCGGGGCUGCAGGACAACAAGAGCGGUGACAGUGGCAUCUCGGGCGAUGCCGGGCUGCUCGACAUUGGGCGGGACGAGCCGAAGGGCACGCUGGGCGGUGUCAACGAGGAGCACCACCGCUGCCACGGUGGCUGGUUGUCGAACGGGCUCAGGCCAACCGCCUGGACACCACAGCAGGAUCUGGAGGACGACGAUGACACUACGACGGGCAGCAGCACCGGUGGAGACGGGUACCGCCAUCAGCAACACCAUCCGCACCACCACCCGCUGCCGCAGCACCAGCAGCAGCAGGAGCAGCAGGAGAACGACGCGCGGCACGGGCUCGGUGCGGAGAACGAGUUCGCCAGCAAGGGCCACCUGUUCAGUCUCUCGUUGCCACGGGAGAACCAUUUGUCCAUCUACACCGGCGGUUCCAUAGACGACAAGGUCGAGAAACACGUGUUCAACAGUCUGCAAAAGUUGCACAAGUCGGUGUCGGACGCGUUCAAGAGCGACGACGACGUCGGUGGCGCUAUCGAUAGCAACAACAACUGGUUUCUGGGCCGACUGACGACCAAACCGGGCUCGGUGCCGCCCGCCCAUGCCCACGAGAAACGGCAGCUGGCCCACCCGUCCGGACUGACCCCACUGGCCGGCGACUCCGGACUGCGGCUUCGGAGCUUCUCGCCGGAAAACCUAACCGCGACGGCAACCAUGCUCCACGGGCCCAUCUCGGACGUGUCGCGUGGCAAAAUUACGAGCUCCAUCAGCUACCUCGUGAGCGGCCGGCACAUGAUGUACCUGCCAAAGGAGCCGACGCGCCUGUUGAUCCAGCCUGGCGCCGACCGGUUAGCGAAACACAAUCACAACAACAACAGUCGCAUCGCAGCCGACACGCAGCGCGCAGGUGUCUGCCCGCCGAAUCUGCCCAGCUACCAUCACCAGCAGCAGCAGCAGGCCAAGUUGUCCUCGGCGAAGGUCAGUGGACAGCCCGUGGGCGACCGGCACGGAGGCCGAGGCUGCAAGGUUUCGCCCAGUGGCGGCCCGGGUGCACCGGGGGACGAGGAUAGCAGGAAGCAGCGCGAGGAUAAGGAAAACCUGCAGGACCCGGUACCGGUGGCGGCGGCGGCGGCGGCGACCAAGCUGCUGCUCGAGCCCAGCUUCCCGGUGAAGCUGUCGAACAGGCGCAACCAUCGGUUCACCUUCCAGAGCACGAUCCGGCAGAUAGAGAAGCGGCGUGUCGCGGAGAAGCUGUCGCGGGAGGCCGAAAUUAAGGAAGCGAUGCGACUGAGCGAGCUGGAAGCGAUGCAGCGCGUCGAGGAGGAGUUCCAGAAGAAGCGGGCCCGGGAGAAGGCCUCGAUACGCCACCAGCUGCGGCUGUUCUCGAUGGAGGAUCAACAGGACACGGACUACGGUGUAGACCAGCACCACCAGCCGGAGGAAGUCGGAAUGCUGGAAGUGACGCAGCAGCUCGAGAACAAACGUUUGGAGGCUGAUCUAGACAGCCUACCGCACCAGACCGGACUGUACCGGAAGCGAGAGUUUAGCCCCAUCGAACGGCAACUGCAAUGCUAUAAACGCCCCAACGGCGGUGGUGGCACCGAAGGCACCAUGUAUCCAUUCUUGCGCCAGCAGGACGACCAAGACGACCAGCACCAGGAUCAGCAGCUGGGCACGUUGCAGCGCCAGCAACACCAACAGCAGCAGGUACUCAACGGUGAUUAUCGGGAAAACGGUUUCGUUGGGGAAGACAAUGACAAUGGUGACAGCGGCAGUAGCUUAGGGUACGUUGACACCCGCACGCCGUACAUUUCGCGGAUUAUUCAGGCGAAAAGUAGCAAAUCGUUCGCCUUAAGGAAGUGA